AUGUUGAAUGAUAAUGGACAGAAACAAAUCUUGUCAAUCAUUUCAACUGAUACCAAUGUUGAUGAUACAGCAAAUGUUACUUCGAAACAUCCUGCAACUGAUGAAUCAUUUUAUGAAGUUGUUAACAAUGAAGAAUCAUCAACAUUCAUAUCAACACCUACAAUCGUAUCUUCUACGUCAACUGCAAAUACAACUAACUGA